AUUGUGUCCAAUAAGAUACAAAAACCAGAGCAGAUUUGAGUUCUGCUCUAACCGAACCUAUACACACGGCCUCCUAUCGCCGCCGCCGCCGCCGCCGCCGCGGCCCGGCGCCGCCACCUCCCCCGAGGGAGGAACCCUAAUUGGGUGGCGUGGUACCUUCCUUCGUCUCCACUAUGAGACGAUUCUUUGCCUCCAUUAAACAGAUGGUCAUCACCUCCGACCAUAUCCCGGCGCGAGGCUUCGCCUCUUGCCCCUCUUCCUUUGUCGAUUCUUCCUCCGAGGAGUCGGCCUCUCUGCCGGACAGAUUAAUCCUCGGCGCCGCUGCCGCUGAUCCCUCCUCGGAGCUCUCGUCCAUCCUCUCCCGCCCCGAUUGGUCCCGUAACCCUGACCUCCACCGGCUCGCCUCCACACUAUCGCCUCUCCAUGUUACCACCCUCCUGAAAUGCCGCCAUCUCGAUCCUCGCGUUGCUCUGGAUUUCUUCCGCUGGAUCGGCCGCCGCCCCGGAUUCCGCCACACGGUCGAUUCGUACUCUUCCCUGCUCAAAACCCUCGCCGGAUCCAACCUUCACCGCCCUGCGGAGGAGAUCUUGGUUUCCAUGAUUAGGUCAUGCUGCUCAACUGAUGCCGACUUGGUUCUUAAAACUUUCAAAUCCUUGCAUCCGACAGGUCUCACGCGGUCUCUCCGAUGCUAUAAUUUUAUGCUGAUGGCUCUUGCAAGGUUCCAUAUGAUUGCUGAUAUGAAGGAUUUGUACGAGCAAAUGCGAAAAGAUGAUGUAUUUCCCAAUCUUCAUACUUACAAUACGAUGAUCAAUGCACAUUGCAAGGAAGGGAAAGUUAUUGAAGCUAAGAUCUACUUGAACUACUUGUUGCAAGACGGAUUGGAUCCAGAUACUCACACGUACACCUCGUUCAUCUUGGGCUAUUGUGUGAGGGAUGACUUGAUCCGGGCCUGCCGGGUGUUCUUAUUAAUGCCUCUGAGAGGUUGUCCAAGGAAUGAGUUCACAUAUUCUGCCCUCAUUCAUGGCCUUUGUGAAGCAGGACAGGUAAAAGAGGGCUUGUCAUUGGUUCCCUGGAUGAAAGAUGAUGGGUGUUCCAUUGAUUUGCAUGUUUACACGGUGAUGAUUGGUGGCCUUUGUAAGGUGGAUAGGGUUGAUGAUGCAAAAAUGAUGCUGAAUGAUAUUUUAGAGCAUGGUCUGGUUCCAAAUGUUGUUACUUACAAUGUUUUGAUUGAUGGGUACUGUAAAAUUACUAAGGUUGACGAGGCCUUCUGUGUAUUGGAUUUGAUGCAGUCCAGAGGGUGUAAGCCAAAUGUAAGAACUUAUACUGAAUUACUUUGUGGGUUUGUUCGUCAGAGGCAAAUGCAUAAGGCAAUGGCUCUAUUAACUAAGAUGCUUAAGGAUGCAGUGCUUCCCAACCAUGUUACUUACACUGCAUUGAUUCAGGGAUACUGUAUGGAAGGUGACAUUAAAGGCGCCUUUAGGUUGCUGCAUUUGAUGGAGAAGAGAAGCUUAGUUCCCAAUGAGUGGACAUACUCUAUUUUGAUUGAUGCCUUAUGCAAAAGUGGGAAAACUGAAGAGGCUAUUGUAUUCUUUAGAUCUCUCUUGGAAAAUGGCAGAAAGGUGAAUAAGUUAGUUUAUACUGCAUUAAUUGAUGGGUUAUGCAAGGCUGAAAAGGUUGAUUUUGCUCAUGCAUUACUAGAGGAGAUGAUUGUGAAGGAAUACACACCAGACUCUCACACCUACAGUGCUAUAAUAGAUGGUUUGUGCAGGGACAAGAAGUUGCAGGAGGCGAGGUCCCUACUGUAUGCUAUGUUGGAGAAAGGAAUCCAACCAACAGUUGUCACAUAUACUAUUUUCAUCGAUGAGUUGGUCAGAGUAAAUGGAUCUGCAGAUGGAACCAGGGUUUUGGAGCAGAUGAUCUCUCUGGGUUGCAAACCUGAUGUAUGUACUUAUACUGUGCUUGUCCGAUCAUAUUGCAAGGAAGGAAGGAUAGAAGAUGCUGCAAGUAUGAUAACUGAAAUGAAAAGAAAUGGAGUUAUUCCUAAUACGAUUACGUACAAUACAUAUAUUGAUGGGUUGGUACAGGUUGGUUUCUUUGAUCAAGCUUUGCCUACUUUCAAGAUUAUGGUUGAAGAUGCAUGUGAGCCCAAUAACGAAACUUACUCUCUUUUGCUCAAAGUUCUAUUGAAAAAGAAGCAAGUUGAUGUUGCCUUUCUAAGUGAUGCUGAUAUAUGGGGAAAAGUGGGGAUCAAUGUAGUCUUACAACUUUUUGAAGAGAUGUCUAAACAAGGUUUCAACCCAACAGUGAAAUCUUAUAGUUCCAUUGUGGAUGCUUUUUGCAAGGUGUAUUGCUUGGAGGAAGCUAAGGGUUUGCUACUACACAUGCAAGAGGCCUGUAAACCUCCUAAUGCAGAUAUAUAUACCUCUCUAAUUAAUUGUUGCUGUAAACUAAAGAAGUAUUCAGAAGCACAAUUGUUUAUUGAUUCUAUGGUUUCAUGUGGUCAUUUGCCAUAUCUUGCAUCCUAUCAGUUACUGUUUUCUGGACUUUGUGAAGAAGGAAGCUUUGAUGAGGCUAAAUCAGUUUUCACUAGCUUACUCUCUAGGGGCUAUAGUUGUGAUGAAAUUGCAUGGAAAAUUCUCAUUGACACUUUACUUGAGAGAGGCCAUGUUGAUUUGUCCUUGGAAUUUUUGACUAUGAUGGAGGAAAAACAUUGUUUUCCUAGUCGUGAGAUAUAUACAACUUUGGCCAAGGAACAUUCAUAUGUAGUUAAUGACAGUAAAUGAAUUGUUGGGCUCCCUAGUGACUGACAUUGACUUGCAGAUUUUUAUAUAUCAAAGCUUCCUAUGUUGACAUUGGAUCAGUUCAAAUGGACAGAGCAAUUUGAAGAUUAUUUAAGCAAUGCAAGCGGUGUUGUGCAUUUGGAACGGAUCUUGAUCUUUGAAGAUCUCUUUCAAAGAUCCAAUUGUCAUUGUGUAAGCACCAACUGGGUUCAA